AUGUCGCCUACACCGCUACCUCAGGAACUCAUCGACCAAAUCAUCGACCAUUUACACGAUGACCCACCGGCGUUGAGCAGUUGCGCACUUGUUUGCAACGCCUGGCUUCCUCCGAGUCGCCACCAUUUCUUCGCCAAGAUAACACUCAAAGCUAUGGCUCCGAACGGUCCAACGUCGUGUCCACAGGAGCGCUGCAAACGCCUAUAUUGGCUUUUGAUUCGCUCUCCGAAAAUCAUUCCCAACGUGCGCGAGUUAGAAGUCUGCGAAGGAUCACCUUAUCCUGGCCCCCACCCUGACACCCGCUCAACUACAUGGGUCACAACGGAACGCACGCUGCCUCCGUUGCUCAAACUCCUCACGCACUUGAAGCGAUUGGAUUUUUCCGCCACGACAACGUUUUAUUGGAAGACGUUACCCCCCACUUUCCAGAAUGCCAUACACGCCGUGCUAUCAUUACCAUCACUCACUUACAUUCGAUUUCACUCAUGGUCAUUCUCAAAUUUCGCAUCCCUCGCAUCCCUCCUAUCACAUUGUCAUACACUUAAAGGCCUUGCGCUUUCAUCCACCACCGUUAGCGAUGAUGCAACAGUUGAUCAGGAGGAUCGUUUGAUUGAAGAGGACGAGAGCGCCGAGUCGCAAACCCCUCGCCUGGAAGUCCUGACUCUCGACUAUGUGUCGAUGGGAUACUUGGGGCACUGGCUUUUAGGACAGAGUUCGCCCAUGGACCUGUCAUCUCUGCGGGAGCUACGCGUCUCGCAUUUCCCAGACGCCUCGGUUAUUAAGAAGCUCUUGUUGGCGGUGGGAGGGGCGCUGGAACAUUUCCAUCUCAAGCCGGGGACUUGGCCUGUUCAGUCCUUUGACCUGGGUCACAACUGUGGGCUGCGUUCCAUACGUCUAACGCUUGACGUCGUUGAUACCGCGAUAGACUGGGCAACCACCCUGCUAUCAAGUGUUACAUCUCGCAACGCGCUUGAAAGCAUCGGUCUAGAGUUUUACGUUGAUCUGAAAAGGCUCGAAGGGUGGAGCAGCCUUAGCGCACUUCUUGUGCAACCGGAGCUUGCGUCUCUACAGCAAGUCGAGAUCGGACUCUUUGCGUCCCCUACCCACGCGGAAUUUAUCAAGGUGAAGGAGGAGUUGAGCGGUGUGGAAGAUAGGUGCGUGGUACGUUUGUACCAGCUGGGUCUCAAGAGUCAGCGAUCAAACCGCCAGCUGACGCCGAGAAUAAGUCGUUAUGAGGCGUGA